AUGUCCAUGGAGGGCUAUGUAUGGGCAGCCCCAUUGAAGCCGCAGAUGCUGGUACAACCAGCCGGCGCCCCGACCAAUGCUUGGGGAUGGCAGCCAGCACCUGUCGUAGUGACUCGCCGCACCUAUCGUGUGGUGGCAAGGCCAGUGCAAGCACCUGGCUUGGUGACUCGGCGCACCAUUCGUGUGGUCGUGAAGCCGGCCAGUGUGGUGGUGAAGGCAGCUGCGCCGAUGCAGCUGCCUCACCUUCUCGGGCCGCCGAGGGCACCGGCUGUGGCGCACCCCAAGAAGGGGUUGCUUCAAGCUGGAGCAGGCGAGCCUGCCCCGACUGAGGAGGCUCCAGUCGACCUUGAGGCAUGUGAGACAGUGGAAGCAACGAACGCGGUUGCCGAAGUCUUUGCCCCGGCUCCCGAGCUGGUCUACCCGAAGGGUAGGCCUGUCUCGUAUGGCCCGGGGAGGCCUUUCAUGGAACUUCAAGAUCCAACAGCUUUCCAAGCAGACACCGACGUUCCCGAAACCGCUCCGAAGCCGGCUCCGGGGCCGGCUCCAGAGCCCGCAGAAGACGCUAGCCCACCGCCGGAACCUCGGCAGGAACUACCGGGCCAGGCUGAGGCCUUGGAAGCGCUUAAGGCGCUGAUGGCGGAGCUCGGCGGAAUGGGCUUCAAGGUCCCCAAGAAGCCGACGGGCGAACCAGAGGCGGGGCGGGCACAAGGGAAGCUGAUCAAGACUGCCUUUGAGGUGGGAGACCUCGUGGUCCUCAGUGACACGAUCCAGCCGAAGAGCUUGCGGCUCCGGUACGCUGUUAUCAUGCAGGUGCACGAGAAGCACUACACAGCGAGAACGUUGGCAGAAGACAAGGCGACCUCGCUCGAGGAAUGCUGGCCAUUCAAGGAGGAUGCCGCGCUCGAGAGCACGGUCGGCCGACUGGGAAGCCGAGUGCGCGUUGCGCAGGGGUCCUAUGCGGGCUGCAGUGGCAAGGUGGCCAAUGCGCCCGGCCACCCGAUAUUCCCAGUCUUCCGACAGUUCAGGAACGGCAAACUGCAGUACGUCAUCAAUGUGCGCUUGGAUGACGGCAGGGACGCGCUGUUCCUGUUCACCGAGCUCCGGGCAGAUUGA